GAGCGGUUCCACAGGACGAAGAGCCGGCUCAAACCCGUCUCGUCAGCCGGUUGAAGAAAAUCAAUUUGAAACGUCAAAACGAGGGAGAAAAAAAUUUUUAUCUCCAGAUCCGUUCGAUAGCCAAACCCUGACCUGUUGAACCCAAGAUGACCUCUUCCUGAAACGGCCUAGUCCCAGGAGAAUCGCCGACGGCCCAACAGGCAAGAAUAACUUUUUUGGAAAUGACCGACACCAAGAGCUUAAAUCUGGAGCAGCCGAGAUGGGACCAAAGCACAUACUUGGGCCGUGCGAAACACUUUUUAACUGUGACAAACCCCCUCAACUUGAGAUAUUCCGACAAGAAACUGAACGAAGUGCAAGAUAUCGUCAAAAGACACAGAUCGGGAGAACCUCAAAAAACCAAACUUACUGUAGAUGAGCUAUGGAAGGCAAAGCACAUCUACGAUUCUGCAUUCCAUCCUGUAACCGGUGAGAAGACAUUCAUCCUUGGACGUAUGUCUGCUCAAGUACCCAUGAAUAUGAUCAUUACAGGAAGCAUGAUGACGUUUUACAAAUCUACCCCCGCUGUUGUUUUUUGGCAAUGGAUUAAUCAGUCUUUCAAUGCUCUAGUCAAUUACUGCAACAGAAGCGAUGCAGACAUGCCUGUUUCCCAAAUUGCUACGUCAUACAUGGUAGCAACUACAGGGGCUGUUGGGUCUGCUGUCGCUUUAAACAGGAUGGUCAAGAAAAUGUCACCAAUUAUCGGACGAUUUGUACCAUUUGCAGCUGUUGCAACGGCCAACUGUGUCAAUAUUCCAGCCAUGAGACAGAAGGAGCUUACAGAAGGAAUUAAAGUAUUUGAUGCCAAUAACAAUGUUAUCGGAUACUCAAAGGCAGCCGCAUUCCAAGCAACAACAUCCGUUGUGAUAAGCAGGAUAUUAAUGGCAGCCCCAUCUAUGGCAAUCACCCCAGUCGUAAUGAAUAUUUGCGAGAACAAAGGAUUGUUCAAAGGAAAACCAUUUUUGGAACCGGUUGUGACCGUAGGUCUUACCGGUCUCAUUUUAGCUGUGGCUACUCCUCUCGCCUGUGCCCUCUUCGUACAAAUGGCCCCAAUAAAAGUAGACAAAUUGGAAGAUGAUCUUAAGGAAAAAGUAAAGAAAGCCUGCCCAGGGGCCACAGUUUUAUAUUAUAACAAAGGGCUGUAAAAAUUCUUCGCAGUAUACGAUAGUAAAA